CAAUUCAAAUUUGUACCCAUUAAAACAAAAGAUCGUGUAACAAUCAAACAUUUGUGACUAAUUUAUAAGCGGCCUUUAUAUGAGUUAAGGAUUUUUGUGCGAGGAUAGUGCGAAAGAAAGAAAUGGUUGAGUCAUUCACGGAGGAAAAUAUUGCCGAGUUUAAAGAGGCGUUCAGCCUAUAUGACAAGGGGGGAGAAGGGACGAUUGACGCCAAUGAGAUCGGAACAGUGAUGAGAGCACUGGGUCAGAAUCCCUCUAUGGCUGAACUUGAAGAAAUGCAAUCAGAAGCGGAUAGUAGGAUAGAUUUUACCAGUUUCCUACAGAUGAUGGCGACAAAAUCGAAAGAGGCAGAAAGCGAAGAUGAUUUAAACGAAGCGUUUCAGGUGUUCGACAAGGAUGGCCAAGGAAUGAUUAGUUCAGCCGAGUUACGGCACAUUAUGACCAAUAUGGGGGAGAAAUUGACGGACGAGGAAGUUGAUGAGAUGAUCAAAGAAGCCGACAGUGAUGGUAGCGGCAUGGUCAGUUAUAAAGAUUUUGUCAAAACUAUGUUCAGCAAGUGAGUUGUGUAUGUAUAGAAGAGCCAAUCAUCUACAUCAUGAUAAAAAG